GACCCUGCCCGGCUACCCGUCGCCUGAAAAAGAAAAUGGCGUCCGUGGAUUCUCAGCCUCGGUUCGGUCAGUCUGUUAAAGGGUUACUGUCCGAUAAAGUAGGCUCCUGCAGCGGGGAUGUGAUUGCCUUGACCCGCCAAGUGCUGAAGGGAUCUCGGAGUCAGGAGCUUCUUGGUCAAGCAGCAAGAAAUAUGGUCAUCCAGGAGGACGCCAUUCUGCACUCUGAGGAUAGUCUGAGAAAAAUGUCCAUCAUCACCACACAUUUACAGUACCAGCAAGAGGCCAUCCAGAAGAAUGUGGAGCACUCUAAAAACCUACAGGACCAGCUCCGACACCUGCUGAAGUGACGGAGCAGGAAAGGACUCUAAGCUGACAAUGACGCACUGAAGAAGGCUCCUGUGUUUAACGCUGCACGAUCUGAAGCAGUCCUAAGUGUUUUCACAUUCCAGAUACACGGCUGGCUGAUUCAGUUGCGAUUCCAUCAUUUCUCAAUGCAGAGAAGUGCUGCUCUGUGUCAAACACAACCAUGCCUGUGCUGAAUAAUGUUUCUGCAAAGCAUGGAUCAUAUGAUGCCUUUUGAGUUGUGUUACUUUUAUCAUGUUAAAUUAUUUAAAAAAAUCACAUUGUCUGUGUCAUCUGAAUCAAUUCAAACACCACAUAACAGCACACGAGGUGAGAUGGUAUGAAAUAAUAUGCACCUGUUAGAGCAUUUUUGCUAAACAUAACAGCUAAAGUGCGCUGUGUGACAUUCUGCAGUGACUGGGGAAGUUGAGACUAAUUCCUAGCUAAACAAAAGUCUCUUUGUAUACUGAAGCUGAAUUUGUGUAUUUUAAAGUCCAAGUGUGGUUUGGGAUUUCAUUGGGUGUGUACUUGUCUUAUGAGAGAACAGUAAUGGAAAAAAAAUGUCACCAUGUUUAAUUAGAAUGUAUGAUUAUUAACUAUGAUGUUAAGUCAGGGAGACAGUGCACAGAACUUGCAGUUCAAGUAUGGGAAAGAAUGGCAGCCGAUUAUUCCACCCGUCUGGUGAACCUGUGCAGGUGUGGCUCCAGCUCAGUGCUAAGACUCAAGUGUACUUUCUUUUGUGACCACUUUGAUUUGAACAGAUAUGCAAGCAGUGUGUCAACUAAAAAUUAGAUUAUGCGAGAGACAUUGUGCUGCAAGAGCUCCGAUUUUUUUUUUAAAUGUAUUAAUUUACUGAUGAUUAUUGUUUGAGGUCACUAAGAAAUGUUUUUGUUUUUUUUAAAGAAAAGCAUUUUUUUCAAUGAAAAUAACAUUAAAUCAAUCAAAAAAUGUA